AUGGACGUAGUUGUCCAACCAGGCGUCAACUGGGUUGACCUCAACAAAUCCAUCGAGGAGUCUGGCCUUUUCUUGCCAUUGGAUCCCUCGCCUACCGCGAUGAUCGGGGGCAUGGUCUCUACCAACUGCAGCGGUACCAACGCGUUCCGCUACGGAACCAUGAAGGACUGGGUCCUGAAUCUGACUGUCGUCCUCGCUGAUGGCCGCGUGAUCAAGACCAGAAAGCGUCCGAGGAAGAACUCUGCCGGGUACAAUCUUACAUCUCUGUUUGUUGGGGCCGAAGGUACUCUCGGCCUCGUCACGGAGAUCACGCUGAAAUUAGCAGUUGUACCGGAGGACACGAGCGUUGCCGUGGUCUCGUUCCCGACCAUUGGCGAGGCGGCCAAGGCGGCGACGAAGUUAAUUCGUUCUGGGAUCCAGCUCGGUGCGUUGGAGUUUAUGGACGAGGUUCAGAUGCAGGUUAUCAACCGACACGGAAGCGAGGCUGUGCGCAAAACGGCUUGGGAUGAGAGUCCUACUUUGUUUCUCAAGUUCGCGGGGACAACCGAGGGCAUCAAGGCAGAUGUUGCGAAGGUGAAGCGUAUCGUAGACCCCUUCAAGCCCGGAAAGAUUUUCUUCGCGCGUAAUAAGCAGGAGGAGGCAGAUCUGUGGGCUGCACGAAAGGAGGCCCUUUGGACGAUGACCUCCAUCAAGCCAGAUGGAUAUGCAAUGUGGUCUACAGACGUGGCUGUGCCCAUCUCCAGGCUAGCCGAGAUCAUUGCCCAAUCCAAGGAGGACUCCGGAGAUCUUGGUCUUUUUGCCAGCGUUAUCGGCCACGUUGGUGACGGCAACUUCCACCAAGCGGUGAUGUAUGAUCCUAAAAAUACUCAACAUAAGGAGGGAGUUUCUCGGUGCGUCCACAAUAUGAUGAAUCGCGCUCUUGAGAUGGAAGGCACGAUUUCGGAUUGUCUUGAGGACGAGCUUGGCGUCGACACGAUUGGCUUGAUGAAAAACAUCAAGCAAUCUUUUGAUCCUGCUUGGAUCAUGAACCCAGGCAAGGUCUUCGACCUACCGCCCAAAUCCACGGCCAAGGCUGUCGACGUCGAGUAA